AUGAUGCAGAUCAAGGCCAAGUUCAAUACUGAUGAAGGUCUGAACUUCAUUCAACAGUACUACAUUAACCAAGGACUGAAGAAGUUUGGUGCUGAUGGAAAAGAUGCUGUGCAUAAGGAAUUGAGACAAAUGCUCCUGAGAGAUUGUUUUACUCCCAAAUUUGUGAAAGACAUGACCGCGUCUGAGCAAAAGAAAGCCCAAUCAGUGAUGAUGUUACUGGCGGAAAAGCGAUUCGAAAAGAAAAUUAAAGGUUGCCUAGUAGUAUACCAAGGCAAUGUAACUUGUGAAUGGUUAUUGGGAGAGGACACUGCAAGUCCAACUGCUUUGCAAGAAGCAAUUGCCACUACUUGUGUUAUUGAUGCACAUGAAGGUAGAUGCCUGAAGUAA